AUGGAGCCGACCGCUCUCCAUGUGUGGUUCGAUUACGAAGAUGUCCGGUGUGGGGCUCGAACCCGCAAUCCACACCGUGAGGACCAGAAGCUUAAUCCACUACCCCACGCCACCGGGGUCGCCUCGGUAGCUCAGUUGGGAGAGCGUCAGACUGAAGAUCUGAAGGUCCCUGGUUCGAUCCCGGGUCGCGGCACUUUUGCACGCGUUUCUGGCCGCCUCGUUGCUUUCUUUGCCUUGUUUUCCACGUUUUUCCACGUUUUCCCACAUCUAUCGUGCUUACAUAGCAGUAUAUCACACCAAGAUCGCGCCGGUGUGGACUUGUCACUAGCGGCGCGUACCUAG